AUGGCCACCGAACUUACCGUGCAAUCGGAGCGCGCGUUCCAGAAGCAACCUCACAUCUUCUUGAACUCCAAGUCGAAGGCGAAGUCCCGCGUCGGAAAGGGUGGACGAAGAUGGUACAAGGACGUUGGAUUGGGCUUCCGGACACCAAAGACUGCGAUUGAGGGUCACUACAUUGACAAGAAGUGCCCUUUCACCGGUCUCGUCUCCAUCCGUGGCCGUAUCUUGACUGGCACCGUCGUUUCCACGAAGAUGCACCGAACCCUCAUCAUCCGCCGAGAAUACCUUCACUUCAUCCCAAAGUACGCCCGUUACGAGAAGAGACACAAGAACCUCGCUGCGCACGUCUCGCCAGCUUUCCGUGUUGAGGAGGGUGAUCAAGUUACCGUUGGACAAUGCAGACCUUUGAGCAAGACCGUCCGAUUCAAUGUCCUCCGCGUGCUCCCCCGAACUGGCAAGGCUGUCAAGCAGUUCAACAAAUUCUAA